GUGGAAGCGAUCGAUCUUUUCAUAGAUUAUCUGUCUCAUAUUUCUCAUAGUGACAGUUUUAACAAAUAUGUAAAAAAUAUUUUUAUAAAAGUUGCAUGCUGCAGCUUUAAAGUCAAAGGGUAUGUGGAGUAAUUAUGGUGGUUUUAGGGUUAUCCUCAUCCUGCACAACCUUUUGAAAUGUUUCUACUGCUAUUAAAAUCUGUUGUAGUUUUCUGCUGUUACUAAGAAGAUUCAUAUCUUCAUGAAUGUAAAACCAGAAUGAUUGUUUAUGAUCCAAACCAGGACUGACCCAAGGUUGUUGAAUUUGAUUUAGCCCUUUUCCUGUUAAAAACAUCACCACCAUAGUUUCCAUACAGAUUUAGUUGAAUCUUGGGGCAAGUGACGAGUUUUAAAGUGUAACUGACCCCAAAUCAACGAUUUUAUUUUCCUGAUAAAUUGUCUAAAUUGGUUCUUAGGAGUGUUAUCUUUAUGUUUCUUUGCAAAAUAUGACAUUUUUGUGUAGAUUUAUGUAGUUCUGCAAUAUUUUACCUAAAACCAUCUCAGUGGUGGCCUCCUCAUUUUGAAUUAUAGGUGCUAAAAAUGGCUAAAUUUAAUCUAGGAUCCUUCUAACUGAAUGAUUUACACAUUGAGUUUGUUUAAUUCCCACUUUCUGUGCUUCAUUCUUGCACAUAGACUUUCAUAGUUUACAAAGUUUCUAUGAUUUGACAUUAAAGUGCUUGUUUCAUACUCUCAGGUUAUGAAAAAAAUCAAUCACUAAUUAGCUCCACAGAGACCAGAGACCCAUAAAGUAACUCAUAGCUCAUCGGACCAGAAGUUCUUCAGGUUCCGACUCUGUUAUGGUCGGCUGGUCAACGUGUUAUUAUGUGUUAUGUCUUAGAUGUGAAGAUUAAGUCACUUAGGAUCCACAUUUCAUAUUAUUUAAAUGAUGGUUGAAUGUUUGUAAAUCACUUUAAAUGUUUCCUGUUCAGAUGAUCCAGUUUCUCAAUAUUGUUGUUCAGAUGUUUUGAUUAGACGUUUGUAAUUAUAUGUUGUUCAUCAAAUGUGUGUGUGUGUGGUCUACAGCUGCGGUGAAGUUCAUCUGCUCUCCUCCAUCUAGUUCGUUUCCUUUCCGCCCAUCUAAUGUCCGCAGCGGCUUUAAACGUCUCGCUGUUCGUCGCGCAGACGUCGCUGACGCUUGAAGGCUUGCAGCAGCUGUCUGGUCACCGGCUGCUCUUCUUCUUUCUCUUCCUUAUGGCUUUUGUGUUCGCGCUGUGCAGCGACGGCCUCGUGCUGAUCGUGAUCUGCACGCGCCACAGCCUCCAUAAACCCAUGUACGUGUUCGUGGCCGCGCUGCUGCUGAACUCGCUGCUGGGUGGCUUCGCGGUCUACCCACGGCUGCUGCGGGAGCUGCUGUGGGAGAGCGGCUCUGUCCUGGUGACACUGUCUGCGUGUGCGUGCCAGGCGUGGGUUGUAUACACUGUGGGCGGCUCGGCCUUCAUGCUGCUUGCGGCCAUGGCUUUUGACCGCUACGUCGCGAUCUGCCGCCCGCUGCGCUACGCCGCGUUGGUGUCGCCGCGCGCGGUGGCCGCUCUGCUCCUGUUCUGUUGGCUGCUGCCCGCCACGAUGGUUUUGAUCAUCGUGCUUUUUGCCGCGUUUCAGCCGCUCUGCCGCUCUCACAUUAACCGGCUCUUCUGUGACCUUUACAGUUUAAACAGACUCAGCUGCGGCGGAAAUGCGGCGCAGGUUAGCGACGUUUUCGCCGUAUUCACCUCUGUUGCUACUGCCCUGCUGCCCGUCGCCUUCGUACUUUUCUCUUACAGCAGCAUCCUUUAUGUCUGCCUGUGCCGCACACGCAGCUUUAGCGGCAAAGCGUUACGCACCUGCCUGCCGCACCUGCUGGUCUUCAUAAACUACAGCGUUUGCACUGCGGUGGAGCUGCUGCAGCGCCGCCUGCAAGGCGCAGACCAGCCUGCAUCCUCUGUGCUGACUUCGGUUCUGAUCGUUCUGGCUCAGUCCGUGUUAAACCCGGUAGUGUACGGCCUGAAUAUGAGCGCCAUCACCGGAUACAUCAGGCGGCUUCUGGGCAGCAGGAAAACCGAUUGAUUUAAAACGACUGUAAAAUGUUAACAGAUUGUUUCUGGAUAUUUACAGGAUAAAGAGUCAUAGCUUAAAGAAAAUAAAUCACUCCGUCCUUUUUUACAGAUGUAUUUUUAACAUUUCUGAUGCAAUUCUGUUUUGCACUUUCCAUGCGUUUUUCCACCGAUUUUAAGAACAUAUGUAUAGAAACUGCUGCUUUGUGAAAUAUUUCUGCAUUUACAGGAGUUUCUUGCUUGAAAUUUUUACAUAUGUGUAGAUUUUGUUCUCUAUAGGUUUUUAUUUGUUAAUCAAAAUAAACUCAGAACUAAGAAUGACCUUUUCCUGAUCUGUACAGUAAUCAUGAUUAACAGCUUAUGUUGAUCAGAAAUAUUGUCACAUGUGUAGUAAGAAAACUGAGCUAAACUGCAAUGAUAAAUAAAAAAUCUAGAAGAAAUUUUGAUUUUAUGGAUUAAAAUUAAAGUGUUGAAUCACCACUGCCUUAUUUCUUGCAGCAAAAAACAUCCCUGAACAAUUGUUAUGGCAAAUAUCAGUUUAUGACUUAGUUUUGAGAAAGAGGUCUAGUCGAAAUGGGAUAAAUAGAAGAGUGGAUAGACCAUUUUGAGAAACAUAAUAGAACGUUUUCCCUAUUCUUUUUUUUAAAUGAGAAGUAAACGUGAAAAUGUAAAAAGAAGGAUGAAAUAUUUUGCUAAUCUAGAAGAGAAACCAGCCUGCAGCUUCCAUGCUCACUUUGGUGCUGGUCAUUCUGGUUCAGAUCGUGUUCAACCCGGUAGUGUACGGCCUGAAUAUGAGCGCCAUCACCGGAUACAUCAAGCGACUGCUGGGCAGCAGGAAAACUGAUUGAAUUAAAGUAUUUUCUUUUGAUAUUUAAGGAUAAAAAAAACGGAAUUCAAUCUACAUAAUAGUUUUGGUUUUAGGCCCUAUUUCUUCAUCUGGAGCCUUCCUGGUUUGUAAAAAAAAAAUGUAUGUAAAAACAAAUUGAAAUAAAAAAGAAUUACUGUUACUGAUUCACCUUUUUAAUUGCCUGAUAGAAAUCAAAUCUUGAGCUAAUUUGAAAAAGCAACAUAAAAUGUCUAUUUAGGACAUUUUAUGUUGGAAAAUUGAAUUUCUGUUACAAAGCCAGUAUAAGGAAGCGUGAACCGUAGUUUAAGAAACUUGUUUUAAGUCUGAGAAACUUUAAACUUUAAAACAAGUUUGAGAAACUUAAAAGUAGCUUUUUCUGUUAAAUUCAU